UACUCUAAAUUUAGGCCAACUUAUCCAAAUCAAAUUUAUGAAGAAAUUUUAAGCUAUAUUCAUCAAUAUGCCAAAAAAUCUUCUUGGAACCUUGCUGUCGAUGUUGCAUGCGGACCAGGACUAUGUACACAACCGCUUGGUAAAUAUUUUAAACAAGUUAUCGGACUCGAUUACAGCCAUGCUCAAAUUACAGAAGCUAAAAUCAUCAACCAGACCCAUAAUGUACAAUUCCAAACUGGUUCAGCAUAUGAAUUGCCUUGCGAUGAUAAUAGUGUCGACCUAGUAACUUGU